CUUGGGAGACAUAUAUUUAGAGCAUUGUUCAACGCAGAGUAGACCCUGUGUUUGUGUGUGUGUGUGUGUGUGUGUGUUUAUGUGUGUGUUUAUGUGGGUUUAGUUCCAUAUGUUUAUCUGAGCAACUCAUGUUCAUACCACAUACAUAACAGGUUACAUGUUUUUGUGAUGAAGAACCACAGGGUUCAGCCCUUGAGCAAUAAUUGAUUUCGCUAUGCAUGCUACAACUCUGUGGCGCUGAAAUGUAAUGAUUUUUUCCCUCCUUAAAUUCCACUUUGAUGUUCAAUGUUUCAGAAAAAGGGACAAACAGUCAGAUAAAGGAGAACUUUGCUCUGUUUGCUGUUUGUUUUCUGCUGGAGUUUGAGGGGGUACAGAGAGGGGUAAAUACAUAUGGGUCAAUGCUCUCUGGUUUGCUAGCCUAGUCCAGUGGAGGGAUGGAGGGAUCUGAGGUAAAGGGUUGGAGGGGUGGGUGUGAUCUCCCAGCAGAUCCAGGGGCUCAGAGGAAACUCAGUCGGAGGUUCGUAUCGGAGACACACAGACAGAAUGCAGCAGGGUGCCAUACUUGUGGUCCUUUUGGUCCUGGUGAACUCCCUCCAUGGUGUGCCAGUGCUUGCCGAACCGCUCUUCCCCACACAGGAGAACUUUGACCUGAGCAAGUUCAUGGGGAAGUGGCAUGAUAUUGCGGUAGCUUCCACCUGUCCCUGGAUGCAGCGCCACAGAGGAGACUCAGCUAUCGGCAUACUGGAGCUGCAGGCCGGGGACACUGAAGGCAAAGUCAGCAUGAAACGCAGCAUGAAAAAGCACGGGACAUGUAAGCAGAUCUCCGGUGAUUAUGAGCUAACAGACACACCUGGAAGAUUCACCUACCACGUUGCCAAGUGGGGGGCUGAUGUUGAUGCCUAUGUUGUUCACACUAACUAUGAUGAGUAUGCCAUCGUCAUGAUGAGUAAACAGAAGACAGGUGGCGAGAAGACCAAGUCUGCCAAGCUAUACAGCCGCACCAUGGAACUGCGGACCACUAUCUUGGACGACUUCAGGAGGCUGGUGAGGGAGCAGGGCAUGGCUGACGACACAGUCAUCAUCAAACAGAACAAAGGCGAGUGUGUACCAGGAGCAGAGCCUGUAGCAGCAGAGUCUCCAUCUGAGAUUACGGCACCGAGAGCUAAGAGGAACAUAGUCCUCCCUGAUCCUGCCCCUGUGGAGGGCUCCGGUAUGGGUGAUGACACCAUGAUCUUCCGGAGUGCAGAGUCCUGUAAGGCGGAGCCAGACGCAGGUCCCUGUUUCGGGAUGGUGCAGCGCUACUUCUACAACUCCACCAGUAUGGGCUGUCAGCUGUUCACCUACGGAGGCUGUAUGGGCAACCAGAACAACUUUGUAACUGAGAGGGAGUGUCUGCAGAGUUGCCGCACUGAGGCUGCCUGCAGAAUGCCCAUGGAUGCUCAACCCUGCACUGGGCAGCCCAAGAUCUGGGCCUUCGAUCCCAACUCUGGACUCUGUCUGGAAUAUAAAAAGGACUACUGCCAGGGCAACAGUAACAAGUUCUACUCCAAGGGGGAGUGUGACGAGUACUGUGGGGUGAUGAAGGAUGGAGAAACUGAGUUCCUGAAAGCUAACUGAAGGAGAUUAGAGGUCAUAAGGAAGAAUACAUAGCACAGAUCACCGUCUGGGUUAGUCGUCUGACAGAAUACCUACAUCAUUCAAUGCAGAAUAGAACACAGCACAAUAAAAUGAUGGAUUAAGCUGCUUGGAUUCA